CAACCCAAACUGGUAGACUCACUUCAUUCACCAUUGUUCUGGUCCCUCAGUGAGAGCUCUGCAAAAAUGAACUGGAAUCAGAUCAUCUUCAUCUCUUUGCUUGCAAUGGUUUUAAUACUGGCAAUUGCCAGUGAAGCUGAAAGUGCAGCUGUACGAACUGACAAGUCAGACAUUAAGACAGAGGAUGGGGAAAAUAUGAAAAGGAGGAUUUUCAUGCAGGAAUCUGAAGCAACUGCCUUUUUAAAACGACGUAGCAGGAGAUCCACAAAGUCCAAAGAUGAAGUGAAUGCUGAGAACAGGCAGAGACUAGCUGCGGAUGAGCGCAGGAGGGAGUAUUACGAAGAGCAGAGAAAUGAAUUUGAAAACUAUGUAGAGGAGGAGCGUGAUGAGCAGCAGGAGAGAAACCGUGAGAAGACUGAACAGUGGCGUGAGUACCACUAUGACGGCCUCUACCCAUCUUACCAGUACAACCGUCACCACAUUUAAACCCUGCACUGAACACAAUCACCAAAAAAGGACAUCAUAACAGAAGUAUACAUCUCACUAAAAUGUGCUUACACAUUUAUAUUUAAAACAAUUAAGCAUACCAUAUUAGCUUUAAGAAAAAAGACUGUCAUUAAAAAAAAAAAAAAUACAGCUUUUCAUAGUGCGUUGCUUUAGCUAAUAUAGCCAUCUCAGCCUUCAGAAACUUGUUUUGUAAAAA